AUGCACUAUUAUAGAUACUCCAACGCUGAGGUCAGCUGCUGGUACAAGUACCUGCUCUUCAGUUACAACAUCGUCUUCUGGUUGGCUGGAGUUGCCUUCCUCGGAGCCGGACUGUGGGCAUGGAGCGAAAAGGGGGUGCUGUCCGACCUCACCAAAGUGACCCGGCUGCAUGGGAUCGACCCGGUGGUGCUGGUGCUGGUGGUGGGCGUGGUCAUGUUCACGCUGGGGUUCGCCGGCUGCGUGGGCGCCCUGCGCGAGAACAUCUGCCUGCUCAAGUUUUUCUGCGGCACCAUCGUGCUCAUCUUCUUCCUCGAGCUGGCCGUGGCUGUACUGGCCUUCCUGUUCCAGGACUGGGUGAGGGACCGGUUCCGAGAGUUCUUCGAGAGCAACAUCAGGUCCUACCGGGACGACAUUGACCUGCAGAACCUCAUCGACUCCCUUCAGAAAGCGAACCAGUGCUGCGGGGCGUACAGCCCGGAAGACUGGGACCUCAACGUCUACUUCAACUGCAGCGGCGCCAGCUACAGCCGCGAGAAGUGCGGCGUGCCCUUCUCCUGCUGCGUGCCCGACCCCGCGCAAAAAGUGUUGAACACACAGUGUGGCUAUGACGUCAGGACUCAGCUGAAGAGCAAGUGGGACGAGUUCAUCUUCACGAAGGGCUGCAUCCCGGCGCUGGAGGGCUGGCUGCCAAGGAACAUCUACAUCGUGGCCGGCGUCUUCAUCGCCAUCUCCCUGCUCCAGAUAUUUGGCAUCUUCCUGGCGAAGACCCUGAUCUCAGACAUCGAGGCGGUGAAGGCCGGACAUCACUUCUGA